AUGUCUAAACGGUCAGGCACGGAAAUUGUUGAUUCCGGAUUGAAAAAACCGAAAGAUGCAUCCGUAUCGAUUGAAUCGGGUUAUCAUGGGUAUAAGAUACUUGAAGACGGAAUUAGAUUAGAUUCAAUCCCCAUUCCGACAACAAAUGAAGGAAUUGAAGACUUUUUUGAGAAUUAUGUGAAGAAGAGGAAGCCGUGUAAAUUUAAUCAGGCAUCUAAAGAUUUCAAUUGGAAUCUUUUGAAACCGGAAAAUAUCAAAGAAACGUUAGAUAAUGAAGUGUUGCAAAUAGAGCAGAAAUCAAACGGUGGAUUCGGAUCUGGCAGCAAAAGAGUGUUCAUGAAGUUUCAUGAUUUUAUAGACAAAUUACAAAAUGGUAAUCACGAUUUAUAUUUGACAACCCAAUAUGCUGAGCACGAAAUAGAGGGAGAAGGUUCACAAGAUGAGGAAGAGACGCCGUUAGAUGACGACGAAGAAUCGGAGGAGGAAGACUCCGCUGAAUGUGGGAGAAAUAUGUUUCCAGAUGACGUUUCGGAAGUGGGCUCUGUGGAUUCAAUAAAUUUCAAUGACCUUCGCGAUGAUUUUGAGGAAAUGCAAGAAAAUGAUGACAGUGAUGAUGGAAAUGAAGAGGGAAGUGCCGACGAUUUAGCUGCUGUAAGGGAACUAUAUCAACCUCCGCUUGAUAAGUUAGUAAACGAAAUUCCAGAGCAAUUACACUUCUUGAAGUUAGUGCCCCAACAAAUAAACAUAUGGGUCGGAUCUGCCAGUGAAAAGGAUAGUGAUCAAAGUUUUCUUGGCAAUUUCGACCCGAACGAUGAAAAAUUAGGUCUUGGACGAAAUAUUCCAGGAGGUGGAUCAUCAUCUGGACUUCAUCAUGAUCAUGCCGAUAACAUAUAUAUUCCUGUAAGUGGCCGUAAAAGGUUUACCUUGUUUGCUCCGUCAGAUGUCACUAAGAUGUACACCGUUGGAGACGUAGCCAACUUAUAUGAUACUGGGAUCAUUAAUUACAAACGUAACGAAAAUGCACCUACAUGGGAUAAGCUACGAGCCGACGGUGCUAUUGAAACACAAUAUGCGCAGUAUAAGCUUGAUGAUCCAAACAUCCCAGAACCAGAUAGAAAAGAGUACAAUAUGAUACUAACUAAUGAAUCGGAAAAUGACAUCAAGAAGCCGACCGAUAAUCAAUCGACAUUAGACCCGCCUUCCUUUUCUACGAUUCCACCAACCGUGGUUCAUUUAGACAAGAUAGAAGAUCAAGAAUUAAGAAACAAUAUUGAAGAACUUGCUAGGAAAAAAUGGCCCAAAUUUUUCACAGCUCAUCGGACGACAAUAGACUUGAAGCCUGGUGAAAUGCUAUUCCUUCCUACCGGAUGGUUUCAUGAAGUCACUUCUUUUGGGUCAACAGACGGUAAUAAAGACAGCCAUGAUAUUCAUGUAGCUGUAAAUUACUGGCUUAUGCCACCAACUGGAAAUUCCAUUAACAACAUGUAUAAGGAUGGCUACUGGAACAGUUACAUGGACAGCAUCUCGAAUGCCUUGCAACGCGUAAGACAAAAAUCGGACAGACUUUAA